AUGAGCACCCGCAUCACCCGCAGCGAAGCCCGCAGGACCAUGGAGAGCCAACAACCAGCCGAAGGAUCCAGCCCGGGGCGAGGACGGUCGACAUCCCGGCCCAUCCGAGUCCCGCGGCGGAUCCCGAAGAGAGGUGUUCCGGAGCCUGUCUUAAGCUCGGACAGCGACGUCCAGGUGGUAGAUGACGAGCCGGGCAAACAAAGAAGAUGGCGGAUCCGGAGGGCGGUUGACCGCAGCAACGGCCAGAUCCCGACAGGCAAUGCCGAGGUGGAGUGGGCUAGCAAGGAGCCACCCCAGGACCAGCCGCCGGUCGGGGACCAGGCCGAGAUGGCCAACGAAGAACCAUCCGAGGCCCCAACAGCGCCGGACGAGCGAGGACCCACGCAGCCUCAGGAUCGGCCGAAACCCAGCGACUAUGCCGACAUCAUCAUCGCGGCGACAUGGGAGAACCGUCGACGGUGCGAGGAGUGGCGCAGGAGCGAGGAGCGGCGCAGGAGCGAGGAGCGGCGCAGGAGCGAGGAGCGGCGCAGGAGCGAGGAACAGCGGCGGAAACAGAUGGAGGAGUCGCCAGAAUGGCAGGCGCGACUGGAAGAGGCCGAGGAGGAGGAGCGGCAGCUAUGGGAAAACCCGGGGUACCCGCCCACGCCGCGGUACAUGCCCGAGCCCUGCGUCCAGCCGCCCGAAGUGGCAGUAGAAUGGGCACCAUCGCCGCCGCGGUGGAUGUCCGAAGUGCCGCCGACGCCGCGGUACGAGGGGUCACCCAGGUGGAGGCCCGCACGGCCACCCACGCCGCGCUUCGAGCCGACGCAAUAG